CUGCAUGUAAUGCCUGAGGUGGGUACAUAAAACGUUCUUGGUUAAAUGACAACAGACAGCUCAAAUCACACUUCUGGAACUGGAUUCACUAACAGAAAAUGUCCAACCUUGUCUUUGUGUUCCUGGCGGUCCUCUGCUUCCUGUUGCUCGGACCCUCUCACUGUAGAGGCAGUAAGAUCCUGGUGGUGCCUGUGGAUGGCAGCCACUGGAUCAACAUGAAGAUUAUCCUUGAAGAGCUUCACUCCAGGGGCCACACAAUCACAGUUCUGCGCUCAGCCAAGAGCUGGUACAUCCCCAGUGACUCCCCCAUUUAUACCUCAAUCAAUAUCCCAAUGUUGGAGGACGAGACGGACAGGAGCUUCUACAAUAAAAUGCUAAAAGAUGUCAUGAGUUGCCGCAGCCAUCCCACUUUUAUCCGCACAUUUUACCAACAGCACUUGAUCACGUCCAUGUUAGGGAAAGGCCACGAGAUUCUGGCCAGAUCUGCUGCAACCAUUUUAGAGGACGAAGAUUUCAUGAAGCGUUUGCAGGAUACUAAGUUUGAUCUCAUGCUGACAGACCCUGCUCUUACUUUAGGCGUGAUUCUCGGUAGUUACCUCAAGCUGCCGAUGGUCUUUAACGUCCGCUGGAUUAAUAAUGGAGAGGGUCACUUAACUAUAGCUCCUUCUCCUGUCUCCUAUGUCCCCAUAUCAGGAAGUGAACUUCACGAUCAGAUGGAUUUUCUGGAGAGGAUAAAGAAUAUGUUGCAUUAUCUCUACAGUGUUUAUGAGCAAUACGUCGUCAUUAACCCAGCCUACUCAGAGCUUUUCCAGAAGCACUUCCCUCCUGGGACUGACUUGGUAUCUCUGGAGCUCUCAGCUGAUAUCUGGCUUUUCAGGGCAGAUUUUGUGUUUGAGUUUCCUCGGCCCACCAUGCCCAAUGUGGUGUACAUAGGGGGGUUCCAGUGCAAGGAGGCCAAACCUCUGCCUGAUGACUUGGAGGCAUUCAUGGAGAGUUCUGGGGAACACGGGGUGGUGGUCAUGUCUGUAGGGACAGUGGUGUCAGCUCUGCCUCCAGAGAUCACGGAAGCCAUCGCUGCUGCUUUUGCUCAACUCCCUCAGAAGGUGAUUUGGCGCUUUGAGAGUGAAAAACCAUCGUCUCUGGGAAAUAACACCCGGCUGGUAAAGUGGCUGCCCCAGAAGGAUCUCCUUGGACACCCUAAGACAAGAGUCUUUAUAGCCCAUGGAGGGACCAAUGGCAUGUAUGAAGCCAUCUAUCACGGUGUUCCUGUUUUGGGCUUGCCCCUCCUAUUUGAUCAAUUUGACAACUUACUCAGAUUGAAGGUGCGAGGUGCAGCUCGGGUGAUGGAGGUCCGAUCUCUGACCAAAGACAAUUUCCUGGAGGCUCUGAAGGACCUCUUAGAGAAUCCAUCUUACCGUAACAACAUCCAGCGCCUCUCUCGUCUACACCGUGACCGACCAAUGUCUCCAAUGGACACAGCAAUCUUCUGGAUUGAGUAUGUUAUCAGGAACAAAGGAGCUGGCCACCUAAAGUCAGCAGGUUUCAGUCUGCCUUGGUAUUCCUACUUCUGCCUAGAUGUAGCAGUCUUCAUAUUGGCCAUAACUGGAGCCUUCAUCUGGGGUUCAGUCUUGGUCUGUAGGUUACUCUGCUGCAGGAGGUCCCACAAGAAGAUGAAACCAGAGUAAUUCUAAAAAAAAAAAAAACUUCCUUUUUUAUAAAUGUUUAAUGUUUCUACUGGGAUCUGCCUGUAGGUGAACAAAAAAUUAGAAGUUCUGCAAUGUACCAACAUUCCUGCCUCAUACUUAAUGUUAUGUAAAGACCAUAAAAUUCUCGACCAACUUGUAAACUGCAUUAAAAUUAUUUUUUUUCCUAGACACCUUGAAUUCAGACAAUAUAAGAGCUUUUACAACAGAUCUGAUGCUGAGUUAUGUUUUAUUUGUCAGCUCUGUAGCUUUAAAGUUUAAAAUAUUUGAUUAUUUGUCUUGUUUUUUUAAAACCCGAUAAAACAUUACAAGCAGUCUGCCUUUGUGUUCCUACCUCUGCCUACAUGCAUCACUAUUUGCACUGGCUAUAACUGGAUCCUCCACAUGGGGUCCAGUUUCAUUUUUUAGACUUCUCUGCUGCAGGAAGUCCACCAACAAGAUUUAAUCACAAUAGAUGAGCAAGUAGAGGAACUUAGCAACAUUUUUGCUUCAUAAUCAGUAAAGAGAUAAAAGUCAAUUUGUUUGUUGCAAUGAAGUUUUGUGUCCUAGAGAGCUGUCUUCUUGCAGAUCACUGCAAGAAGACAGAUUUAAUCAAACCAAACCAAUAUCUACCCAGGUGGUUCUCAAAAUAUAAAGCGUCUGUGACUUCUCUAGGUUGUUACUGUCUCCACUGUGUUACCUGAAUGCAGGACAACGCAAGUAAAAGUUUCCUAAAUGAAACUGAAUGGAUUUUUGAACAUUACCAAUAUUACAUUGUUGAUUAAGAAAUUAAAAAAGCUUUAAAAUGUCACAGAAUUAACCGUAUAUGUGUAUAUUACUGUAAUUGUUGAUGCCAUCAGACUUUGAAUGUGAAUACUGUGUUUUAGUCAUUGAACUGAUUACAUGCUUGGGAUUACAGGGGAGUGAAUUGUUUGUAUGUCUUUUUACAUUGUAGAGCUUUAAAACGUAUUAGUUACAUAAAGGAACCAUUUUUAUAGAUAGAUAG